AUGACUUCUCUUCAAAUUCUCUACCAGUCCCGAGCUGUUAUGCGUUUCCUUAUUUUGUGCUUAAUUCUGGAUUCUGUCAAUGGUCAGGACAAUAGGAACAAUCCACUUUCAUUAAAUAUGAAAGUUGCUUCAAUCAACAAGGCAAAUGAAUUUACAGUAACACUCACAGUCACAAAUAAUGUGGAUAAAUGCUUGGUGGUGAAAAUCAGUACUGUGAACAAUCCAAACAUCAAGUACCUUUCAGCUCAUGCAACUUACACUGCUUGCAUAUGUACCACAAACAACUACUUCUGGGAUAUUCAAGUUUCUGCAAAUACUGUCUUACAAGGGAAGGCAGAAGUUGUUCCAGAUAAGCACAUAUGUCCUGAUGGUGAAAACAUAUACCCAGUAACUUCCUACAUAGGGAAUAUUACACAUGAAAUCCUUGUAACACCGUAA